AUGCCCGACACCACCAUCAUCGACCACAGCCACACCGUAUUCUCCUCGACGUCCCCACUCCCGUUGAUUACGGUAGUAGUGCUGACGGACGUGCACUCUUGGGUGGCUGGACACGCCCGACACAGCGAUACCGCUACGGCCGACUACGGUGCCGUCCUGUCCUUUUAUCAACACUGCCAGAAUCUCGCGGCGACUACGCAGUCGACCCACGCACUCCGGGACGUCCUGCUCGUGAACAAUGGGGAUUUCCUCGACGGAACCGGCCUAUCCACUGUCCCACCCUUGCAUCUACUCCCUAUUCUGAAUCGGAUGCCCUGGGACGCCUUCAAUCUCGGCAAUCACGAACUCUAUCACGACGAGUCCGUCGCCUUCCUCCAACGCAACGGAGCGUUUAACACCAUGGGUAGCAAGGUCGGGAACGGUGGGAACUACUUGACCUCCAAUACCUACUGGAACUCUUCGGACAGAGAUCACACCGCGAUGAAAGAGAACGACGACGAGAACGAGCGUGUCCAGAACUGGCUCGACGAUGUGGCCGAUCGUUACCAAAGGACGAAGCGGAACGUGACUCAGUUACGACCCUUGGGUCGACGCUAUACCAUUUUGCACGCUCCACACGUUAACGCUCACGUGCUAACCUUUGGUUUUCUCUACAACUUUACCAACUACUGUUCUUCGACGUACGUACAACCGGUACAGGAAGCAAUCCGCGAAAAGUGGUUCCGACGUGCCUUGCUCGACGAAUCCUACGACGCUAUUCUCGUUUUAGCCCACAUGGAUUAUCAGGACCAACUCGUCACGGUCCUUCAUCGUGCGAUACGGAACAUUUUGAACGAAACGACCGCCGCUCCCCAAACGCCGAUCCAGUUUAUCAAUGGGCAUUCGCAUCGACGCGGUUACGCUGUUUUGGAUCCGUUGGCGACCGCCAUGGAAGCGGGACGCUUUCUCGAUACCGUCGGUGUGGUAACCUUUCCCACUACCCGUGCGGCACACAAUCGGACCCACGAACAUGGGGACGUGGCGGACCUUUUUGGUCACGUCUUUUUGGACGCAAAUCGAAAGGCCUUGCGAGAGGCGGUCGGUAUCAAAAACGAUGUCGACUUUGAUACCCCGGCCGGACAAGCCUUGUCGGUUUUGAUUAAUAGUACACGAGCGGCUCUUGGACUCGAUGACGUCCUGGGAUGUGCCCCAGAAAAGUACUUUCUACCGGAGUGGGAUACUCCAGCGUCACUCUGGAGACUCUACACGGAACACGUUGUUCCGGCGACGCUGACCCACGAUAAUGCGUCGCGAGUCUUUGUGCAAUCCACCGGGGCCUGGCGAAUGGAUUUGUUUGCGGGCACGGUCACCCGUGACGAUCUCGUUGCCGUUUCGCCCUACAACGACACAAUUUACGCUGUGGCUAGGAAUGUGGACGGGAGAGCCUUGCGAAAGGCUUUGAAAGGUUUCCAAACUAUUCCAGACAAUGCGACGCUCCCCCCGUGGGCUGUAGCUUCUGCACACAGCAUUCACAAGCACGGAUCCUAUGACCUGUGGGCUCCGCGCUUUGACAUCCCCCGUCUUCAUGCCCAUUUGCAUCAGGUCUGGCCCCACUGGAACACCACCACUCCAAUUCAACUGUUCAACAUAAGCAACCCAAAUCAAGCGUUAACAACGACAGCCUUGUGGGUGGAAUUUGUGUCGACGCACUGGACGUGUCUGCGAAACACACCUGUAGGAGACCGAAGUACCCACUGGUUACUUGCACUAGCGAUUGUGGGAAUGGUAGUGCUGGGCAGCGGAGUUCUGUUGCAAGAGCGGCUUCGUUUCGUUUCGAAAGAUACUUCGGAUGCCCAGGCUUUGGUCCGGGAUGGUGCAGAUGCUGUAACGAGUUCGCACGGUAAAUACGGAUCUUUGGAUGAUGACGAAGCGGCGUGA